AUGGAUAUGGCAACAAAGGAAGCGAACGAAAUGCUUCUGAGAGGGAAGGAAGCGCUAGAAAUGGCAGGGAAUAUGAAGAGGGAGUGUAAGCUAACAGCUUUAGAUAGUCUGCAGUCCCUCUACGAGAUGUUCAUGGCGCUGGCGCUUCAGAUGAUCAAAGACCAACUCAACACGUUGCAAAGGGGCUUCGCGCAGAAGAUCUGUAAAGCGUACCGCACGGUAUCGCUCACUUCCGCGCUUGUCAUCUCGAGUCCGCUUCCGCUAGACCUGAGAAUAAAAGAAGCGUUCAGCGUGUACCAAACCAGGAAACAAGGCACACUGGACUAUUUACCACCAGGAAGAGAGUUUGAAAACUGUGUAAAUCACUUGGACCAACCUCAUCCCUCUAAACUCGUCAAAUUGGUGUAG